GGAAAGAGAAUGGAAAUUACAGCAGUGAGCAAUUGCUGAUGGUCGAAGAUGCAUAUGAACGCCGUAGUGGCUUGCAUAUUAGGUGUCACCUUCCUGAACGCUUCAGGCUGGACGAUCAAGAGGUGCGGCCGCGACCUGAAGACUGGCGACUUUUGUAUGGUUCCCUACUGCAACGGCACAUGCUAUAAUGACGUGUGCCUCUGCCCCUGGGAAAAAAAGCCCUUUUCACUUCAUGCUGGGGUGGUAAAUGCGUCAACAGAGAGUUCAACGGCACAUUGGCCAUCGACACCUCGGCGUCCGUCCAGCCCGCCUACAGAGAUGUUGCCAAUUACAUCGCCGCAGCCUGUAACAUUUAUCAGUACCACGCAACCGCUCGAGACUCAAACAAGUAGGCUGCCUGACAGUACGUCUGUGGAGACUACCACGCAAAAGAUGACCACCAAAUUUCAAAGGAAGAGAAAACAUCACCACUGCAAGUGUCAUGGGAAAGUGAUUACGAAGAAAGAACCAGGGUUUCUGUUUCAAAAUAUAUAACAACGAUACAGCAGUAAAACAUA